UUUGAGAAUUGUCUGUCAAAUUUUUGUUAUUUUGUGUACGUUUUAUGAUUUUACUGCUUUUUCAAUGGAAUUUGGAAUUCAUUUAAUACGUUGUUUAUUUCUCGGCGAGAGUACUAGUUUAUCAUUUGUUUGAAUUCAAAAUGUGAUUGGAAUACUUUGAUAAUGAGUGACAAAAAAGGGAAAGGGCCGGUCUUCGACCCUGGCCUCUGCAGAUGUUGUGGUACCAUGAAGAAGUGCAGAGUUUUGAACGUCGAGUACGAUUAUAUGGGACAGACAGUGGUUUACGCCGAUAUGUUGAUGGACUGCUUCGGUUUACUUAUAUCCCACCUCGACGGCAAGCCCACGGAACGUCUCAUUUGCGCCACGUGUGUGACGAGACUCCGAGACGCGUUGACCUUCCGGAAGCAAGUGUUGCAGUGUGAGGAAGCAUUUUUACAGAUGAAAAUGUAUGAUGCUGAUUGGGAAGAUAAAACCCAAGAGAACCACGUCCAGAUUGAGGAAGCUACGGUGGAUGGUGCUCCUAAACUUGAACUGGUGAAGACUGAACCAUCAGUGGAAAGUGACCCAGGAUCGGGGUGCGAAGACGAUGGUGGAGCUGAUUAUGAACCUGUAACUGAGACAUCAACAACCGAAGUUAAGCCUGAGAGAGACCUGGACGAAUCCAAUUCCAAUGACGACAUGCCUCUUAAUCAAUUGAUUAAGGCUUCGCCAAGACCCAGACCUGAGAGGAGGCCUAACGGAGUGUCCUCAGCCCAUAAGGAGAAAAAACUGAAACUGCCAAUGUCGAAAGUACAACAGCUGAUGCGUGAAAGGGACCCAUCUUACAUGACAGAAACGAACAUACUCACAAUAGUCGAGUUCUCAUACGUCUGCCCGUUCAAAUGCAGACACAACCAUCUGCUUUGCUACUACUGCGGACAGAACUUCAUGGAUCCGACCGAACUGAGAGACCACACCGGAUUAUAUCACCACCCGAAGAAGUUCAAAGUGACAGAGCACAAGAACAUGAUCAAAAUCGAUAUGACAAGAAUCGAUUGUCGAUUGUGCAACGAGUCGAUCGAUUCAUUGGACGAAUUCAAGCGGCACAUCACUUCAGUGCACGAUAAAAAAUAUUAUUUCAAUUCAAAAGAGUCUGUGUUGCCGUUCCGUUUGACCAAAGACGAGUUGAAGUGUGCGCUGUGUGAUAUUAAUUUUCCGUAUUUUCACGCGUUGAACAAGCAUAUGAAUGAGCAUUUUAGUAAUUAUGUGUGCGAGACUUGCGGACUAGGUUUUGUGGACAAGGGCAGAUUCGUUAUGCACCAGCAGAGGCAUGAAGAAGGUGAUUUCCCAUGCGAUACUUGUGGGAAAAUCUUCAAAGCACAGUAUAAUAGAGAUCUGCAUAUAGAUAGGGUACACAAGAAAAAGGGACGUGUCUACUGUCCCAAAUGCGACAUCAAGCUGAUGUCGUACCCCCAGAAGCUGAAGCACCUGGUGGAGGUACACGGGGAGGCGCCCCUCAGUUUCCCCUGUAACGAUUGCGACAGAGUGUUCGAGACGAGACGUAUGCUCACAAUACACAGGAGGAAGGAUCAUCUCAAAGAUUACAGAUACGAAUGCCAAUGUUGCGGACAGAAGUUCUUCACGCGCUUCGCUCUGAACAAUCACAUGCCCACCCACACUCGCGAGAGGAAUUUCAAAUGCAAAGUCUGCGAGAAGUCCUAUCCGAGACUGAAGACUCUGAAGGACCAUAUGAGGAUUCAUACAAACGAUAGGAGAUAUAGAUGUCACAUAUGCGGUCAGGCCUUCAUUCAGAACUGCAGUUUGAAAGGUCAUAUGAAGAGUCAACAUCCUGAAUAUGGUUAAAUUUGUAAUUUAACUAGCGACCCGCCCCGGCGUCGCAUGGGUAGCAUUUAUAAGAUAUAAAAACCUUCCUCAGAAAAUCCUCGAAACAUUUCAAUCAGGAUUGAGAACCGUCCGAAACUUUCCGUUAUGUAAAAAUUAACCUCUAAUUUUUUUUUAUAAUGUGUGUAUUGGAGCAUUGAAUGCCCCCUUUAAAAAUGCAACGUGAUUUAUCAGACAUCCUGUAUAGUAGUAAAUAAUAUAUAGCAUUGUGAAUGUGUGCUUUAUUGCAAUGUGUUAAAGUCCAGUUUUGAAUUGUCUUAAAAAUGGCGGAUAAAAGUGACUUUUAUUUUUUUUUUGUUUGAUUUUGCUCUCAUUUGUGCAUCUAUUAUAUAAAGUAAUCGAAGGUUAACGCGAUAUUAUGUUAAAUAUAUACAUACCUAUGUAUAUCACGGCUUUAUCCUCUUCGGGACAAACAGAGCCAAAACUCUAGGAAACGACUUGAAGGCCACAUUCAUUUGCGCCACGUGUUCUUGGCGAGUGGUAAAGGACCACUUCAUCUUAUGGUGGACGUCGUAACAGGCGAACUAACUAUCCGGCUCGAAGGACCAUAUAAUGUAAAUACAUUGUAUACAGUGUUUAAAAUAAUAAAACCCCAUUACGAGGGAUUGACACAUCAAACAAGAAGUGUGAGUGUUGCCAGAGCAAAAAUUAAAGAGUAAAUGUUAACUUGGCAACACUCUGAAAAUAUUUUUUAAUUAUAUGUAAGGACUAGCAACCUGUCACUAUUUGAAUCUCAAUUCCAUCAUCAAGCCAUACAGCUGAAAGUGGCCUACAUUCUUUUCAAGACUGUUGGCUCUGUCUUUAUGUAUGUAAGGGUCAAUUCACAUCAAAUCAAACGCCGCGACGCGACGUUUUAGUAGGUACAGUUAUACAAUAAAAAUAAUAUAUAUUUAAGAUGUAAAUAGUUAUAAUUUUGAGUCAGAGGUGUGAAGUGGCCCUAAGACUUCAAAAUGUGACUUCAAAAUUGACUCUAUUACUGUGUAAUAAUAACAUAUAGUUACGUCUAUAUCCUUUGCGGGGUAGACAGAGCCAACAGUGUUGAAAAGGCAAAAAGGCCACUUUCAGUUGUAUGGCUUUAUGAUGGAAUUGAGAUUCAAAUAGUGACAGGUUGCUAGCCCAUCGCCUAUAAGAGGAUUUAUUACUGUGUAAAUAAAUAUA